AUGUCGUACAUCAGUGGUGAAGAAAACGGCAUUCUAUGUCAAAAAGACACUCGCGGAGACAAUUUGCAUAAAAGGAGGGAACAAAGAAACGUGGAAAAAGAAAAUUUCUUCGUGACCAAGACGCUGUACGACCCUGAGAACAUGCUAAGCAAGCGAUGCAAAAAGAAACUGCUCUCCGAAAUUCUCAGCAGUUUUUCCCCGAAUGUUCCGUACUCAGUGAAUAAAAGCAAGAGGUGGCAAAAGUUCACUACUAAGUCAAUAUUGACUGAUGCACAAGAAAACUUACAGCGAAUUGAAGCUGUGGUAGUGCAUAGGACAGAGGUUCCUUUGAAAGCUAAUAGACGAAGAGUUGUGCUUGAGAAAUAUGUUUGGGACUGUGCUGGAGAUGCGAUAGAGACUGGCAAAUUGGAGAAAAACGGGAAAUCACAAAGUCCUCUUCAUCUUGCAUGGAAAGAGCGGAAGUCCGAACCUGAGCAUCGUCUCAGCCAGCAAUGUCCUAACCUACCGUUAACUUCACAAGUACUUAAGAAAAGCUUCGAUACUGAGGAUUUUUUCAAAAGGCCAAGUCUGUUGGAUGUUACUACUGCUAUCGAAGCUCCUCAUAUCCUUGAAGUAAUUGAAAUCAAAAUCAAGAAAUUGGACAUUAUUGACCUAAGGAAACAAUUUUUACCUUCGGUACCGCCUGCAUUCGUUGUGCGAUGGUUCGGUUCGAAUCGGGUAUCUAUCAGUAGUCCAUCCUAUGCGAAGCCGUCUUUCGUCAUUUUUUUCGAACACGAAGAGAACAAUACAACCUUCAGGGUCCGAAUCAACACCAAUUCGCAGUACUGUCAGGAAGCGAAUAAAGAAAAUCUUUUGACUAUUGUUCAAGAUAGGAUCUACAGAGAUCAUGAGACGCUAUUUGAUGACUUAUACAAAUUCAUUUUGCGCACAAAAAAGAUGGACUGUGAGAUCAAUGAUGAUGGCCGUCGAUUUGCUAUAUGUCCCGAAUCUUUCGAUUACAAUGUUAAUAGUACAGUGAUAGCUCCCAAUGCUACCUUAUUUAUGGAACAAGAGCAGUUGGAUCAUCUUAGCCAGUUAUACACUCAUCAAAACCCUGAAAUCUCGUCAUUCGAGUUUAUACACCAAGCUGGAGACCCGAAAGUUUGCUGCAUGUGCCGAGUUGUAAAUGACGAUUUGUUCUCUUCUAUAGACGGCUUGAUAUGCCGUGAUUGCACAAUUUCCUCCAUAACUCGACAACUACAAUACCACCCGUAA